UUAAUGUAUGAUAUAUUCCUUUAAGAUUUAAACAAAUUGAUUAUAAACAUGGAAAAUUCAUUUUUUGAAUAUCGUGAUAAAACGGGAGUGGAAAGUGAUUCGGACACUGAAUUUAUUGAUAAUAGUAUAAUGGAAGAAUCAUUUACUCCAAAAACACCAGGAAAGAAAAAUCAGACUGCUUUCAUUCCUGAAUCUGACAAUUCUACAGGAGAAGAGUCUGAGGAAGAGAAUGUAACGAACAAUGUGUCAAAAGCAAUCACAAGACGAAGUAGCGCUCAGAACUAUCACAUAAUAUUGAGCAGUGAUGAUGACCAAAGCAAGAGUGGGAGUAUAAGGAAACAGUCCAGUUCAUCAAAGAAAUUAGUUGUUAGUUCCUCUGAGGAUGAAGGAGAAGUUUCUCCAGAAAUCAUACCAAAACGUCGUCCAAGAGUUAAAGAAACAAGCAGAUCCUCUGAUUCUUUUAUUAUACCAGUGCGUAAAACCAAAAAGAGAAUGAUCCUUGAAUCGGAUACCGAAAAUUCAAUUAUCAUAGAACAUGACAAAAACAAGAAACUGGCUUGUUUGAAGGAUACACCAAUAAAAAUUGACGAUACAAAGAAAAAAGUUUUCAAAAUACAAAAUAUGAGUUUUAAGAGUAAUGAUAGUAUUGUUAUUAGCGAAGAUGAUGAGGACCAGGGUAGUGAUAAAUCUCACGAAAGUGAUAGCAAUGAAGAACGAGAUGAUGAAUAUAUUAAAACUGACAUUACAAAUGUGGAUGAUAAAAAAGUUGAUGACAUCGUACAGAGCAGUGAUGGAAAUGACGACGUAUCUCAUAGCAUAAAUGAUGGAGAUGACAAUGGUGAUGACAGUAACAUGAAUAGAGUAAGCACAAGUGACGAAGGUCCUGAUGAGGACCAAAUGGUGAUGUCGCGUGCAACACGAAUGAGUAUCAUGGGUGUGAUACCAAAGGAACACGAUAGUGACGAUUCUGACUUCAUACAGUAUGAUGAUACAAAUCAAACAUCACGAGCAAGUUCUACGGCGAAUUUGACGGACUCACGGAAUUUGGAGACGAGUGCAAAUAAAACUCUACAAUUAGAGCCAGAUGUCGACGAAGCUUCUAGAAUAUCGUGCUCGCCCAUAACGAGCCCUCUCCGCGAUAUAACAAAUGAAAUCGACGAUUCUAUCAAAAAUGAUUCGAAAGCAUAUAGUCCUGAAAUAUGCGAUUUAACCAGAUCGGAACCUUUUAGUAUUAAAAAUAAGGUGCUUAAUAAUUUGAGCAAAGUAAGCAAUGUUAUUUAUAAAGAGAAUAAAAUCGAUGAUGACAUCACAAUCAUAGACACGAAACCGGAAAUCAUAGCGUUGAGCAGCGACGAUGAGGAAGUGGUAAAAGAUGAAAAAAAAUCCCCCAAGAUAAAGAAGAGUCCUAAAGGAAAAACCGACGAGUCACCCGUACAACGAGUGAGCAGUGACAUUAAACAGUACCUCCUGCCACCGAGCUAUCCCAACCAAGUUGUGUACGUCAAGAAACAUGUCCGAGAGAACGAGCUCAGUAAACUCAACGGACUUAGGGAAGACUUGCAGAACAUCAGGUACCUGCUGGAGAACAUGGACGUGGCCACGCUGCCGGACGGCGGGGUCAAGCUCAUCGAGCGGCUCACGACGCUGGAGGCCGACGUGCGGCGCCAGGGGGACAAGGUCGCCGCCAUGGUCGUCGAGCCCGAUGAGCCCACAGCGGCAGACAUAGCAAAAGACGGUUUCGCAAAUGAAAACAAGGGGCUGUCGUGGGACGACAUACAGAAGGCCAGCAACGCAGUGCAGCCGCGGAUGUUCGGCAGGCAGGCGAUGGCGACGCACAUGGCGGAGCGCAACCUGAUCCUGGAGCGCCUGCGCGACCUGCACGCCGCGCUGGCGUCGCGGCCGCCCGAGCACGAGCGCGCGCCGCAGCCCGGCGCCGUGCGCAGCGCGCUCAUGGCGCACCAGCUGCACGCGCUGGCCUGGCUGCGCUGGCGGGAGGCGCAGCGCCCGCGCGGCGGCGUGCUGGCCGACGACAUGGGGCUCGGCAAGACCAUCACCAUGAUAUCGCUCAUCGUCGGCGACAAGGAGGCCACUCUCGACGACGACGACGACGAGGAGUACCCGGAGAAGGGUCGACUGGUACAGGGCGGCACGCUGGUCGUGUGCCCCGCGUCGCUGCUGCAGCAGUGGGCGGGCGAGGUGACCACGCACUGCGGGCCGCAUGUGCUGUCCGUGUGCGCGCACCACGGCGCAGCUCGCGCACUGCAGCCUCGCCGCCUGGCCGCCGCCGACAUCGUGCUCACCACCUACAACAUCCUGCAGCGAGAGAGCGAAAAGGGCGGCGUGCUGACGCGCGUGUUCUGGCGGCGCGUGAUCCUGGACGAGGCGCACGCGGUGCGCAACUACAAGUCGGCCACGUCGCAGGCCGUGUGCGCACUGCGGGCGGCGCGGCGCUGGGCGCUCACGGGCACGCCGCUGCACAACAAGGACCUCGACCUCUUCGCGCUGCUCAAGUUCCUGCGCUGCACGCCCUUCGACGACCUCACCAUGUGGAAGAAAUGGAUCGACAACAAGAGUCACGGCGGUCAGGAACGCCUCAACACCGUGAUGCGAUGCAUCAUGUUGCGGCGCACAAAACAGCAGCUGCAGGAGCGCGGACAGCUCACGUGUCUGCCGCAGCGCAACGAGCACCAGCAGGACGUGACCCUCGACACCGACGAGAUGAACGUCUACCAGAAGGUGCUGGUGUUCUCGAAGACACUGUUUGCCCAGUUCCUGCACCAGCGGGCAGAGAGGCAGGCUGACGCGCAGGGCUUCCUACCGCCGGGCAAGGACAGUCAGUAUGCGAAGGUACACAAGCAGAUGAUCGCAUUGCAAGGUGCGAAACCCGUGAAAUCUCACGAGAUCUUGGUGUUGCUGCUGCGUCUUCGACAGGUGUGCGGGCACUGUGGCCUGAUAGCCAGCAUGCUGGACCCCGACGACGCGCCAGUGGACGAGGACCUGGGCAGCAAGGACCUUCUGGCUGAGCUCAACAAGCUCACCUUGAACGACUCUCGCUCCAGGAGGAAGAGUGGCGAAAAGAAAAAGGAGGAGGAGGAGGAAGAGGAAACGGAGGGUACGACGGCGGCUGAAGCCAUCCGCUCGGUACUGUCGCCUAACAACCCCGUGUUCGACCUGCAACGACGAUCUACCAAGAUACGAGCCGUCAUGGAAUGCCUGCAGGAAAAAGUUUUCUCGAACAAAGGAGAAAAAGCGGUCGUGGUGUCGCAGUGGACUUCCGUGCUGUCGCUGGUGGAGCGAGAGCUGCGCGCUGCCAACGUGCGUUGCGUCACGCUGAGCGGGCGCGUGCCCGUGCCCGCGCGCCCGCCGCUCAUCGCCGCGCUCAACGACGCGCGCUCCGACGUGCGGGUGAUGCUGCUGUCGCUGUGUGCGGGAGGUGUGGGUUUGAACUUGGUGGGCGCGAACCACCUGCUUCUACUAGACCCGCACUGGAACCCGCAGUUGGAACAACAAGCGCAGGACCGCAUCUACCGCGUCGGUCAGACCAAGCACGUUCACAUAUACAGGUUCACGUGCUUGGAAACAGUCGAGCAGUCCAUCAGACAACUGCAGAAGGCGAAACUCGAGCUAGCGGACAACGUGCUCACCGGGGCAAGGAACAAUAACGCAUCGAAACUUACCAUCGAGGACCUCAAGCUACUUUUCAAUAUGGGCCCGCAACCUACCUCGUGAAAUUAACAACAUAUGUCGUGUAAAAUAUGUAUAAUAAUCAUUUUCUCAUUCUCAUUCUCUCACGGCCUCUUAGGGUUUGUUCAUUCAUAUUGGCUGCCUCGUUUGUUCAGUGGCUUGAUCAAAAGUGAUUUGGUUUUUCGUUCGUUUGACGAAGUGUGUACACUUUUGCGCCUCAUAAAGAAUGUAAAGCCGUUGGUCCUGCGUCUGAACUUUCUCCGAUCGUUUCGGGUUGCCGUCCCAUCGGCUUAUGAAAGUGACCGAAUAGAGAGUGUACCUAUGUUUGAGCACACACUAGCGCUCGAUAAUUUGUCCGAAUUUGGCUUCGAAUCCAUCCUUUGUCGUAAAUUUUAAUUUCUUUGUAAUCGGAGAAAAGUGCUUCUUGUAUGUCAUUCCGAAAUUCUUAAUAAAAUUAUAAAUUAGUUAUUGUUAUGUAAUGCAAUGUACUUUGUUGGUU